AUGAGUCAAAUACUGACCCUGGCCAAACAAUACUUGACUUGUGGCUUCUUGAAGGCAGUUGUAGACUACUUGAAGUGUCUUGGCUUUGUUGAAGGGGACCUUAUAGGACUUACCAACUUCACUGUGGAUGCAAGUGAAAUUGGGGAGGAGGUGGAACGAAGACGAGGCCGGAGAAUGAAGAAGUACACGUUCUUGAAGGAAAUGAAGGAGAGACUGAGGAAAAGUGGCAAGACGUCGGAAGCCAAAGGUGAAUCCAUGGAGACACAAGGAACUGAACCAACUGAAGUGAAAGUGGAAGUAGAAGUGAAUCUGGAUUCUCCUCCGCACGAUCCUCCACCUCCACCCCCACUGGAAAUGGAAAUUCAACCCACGUCGACUAUCGUCAAACUCUCUUCAGGAACCACUGCCCCGUGGAUCAUGUAUGCCAUCUAUACGAUCGAGGAAGAACCUGCUUAUGAGGAUUUCGGUCCCUUCCUGGCUUCGAUGAGCCCAGACGGGAAGAAGAAGCCGAAAAUAUCGCCAGCCAAGACCGGGGAAAUCAUCCCCGUCGCCUAUCCAGCCGGAAUUCCUAAGAAUGCAAAGUACUUGGGGUCGAGCGCGAGUGGCCGUCUGAAGCCAUCUCAAGGUCAGACGGGUCAAGGGGUUUGGGAGUCUACUCGUGUUGAGUAUGCCAUUCGUCUUUCCGAGUUUGGAAUCUUGAAAGUCUGA